AUGUCUCUGGUCCUCGCCUGGUUGCUGGUUUUCCUGGUGGGCUGCUGGGGAUGUCAGCACCACACCUGCCGCUGCGCAGGCAGGGUCUUUGUUUGUCAGGAGAGCAAGGUGGUCCAGGUUCCCCGGGACAUCCCCGCCAACGCCACCGAACUGAGAUUUGUCCUCACCAAGAUGAGAGUCAUUCCAAAAGGAGCUUUUGCAGGACUUGGUGACCUAGAGAAAAUAGAGAUCUCACAGAAUGACGCCUUGGAGGUCAUAGAAGCAAAUGUGUUUUUCAACCUUCCCAAACUACAUGAAAUAAGAAUUGAGAAGGCCAACAACCUCGUGUACAUUGAUCAGGAUGCCUUCCAACACCUUCCAAGCCUCAGAUAUUUGUUAAUAUCAAACACCGGCCUUCGGUUUUUACCUGCUGUCCAUAAGGUGAAAAAAAAAAGAAAGUUUUACUGCCUCGUGCAGAUCCUUAGCAGAGGGAUACACUUCACUUGUAUGAGUGCUGUGCUCCCUCCCUAUUCGGACCUCCGCUUGCAGAAGGAGGCCUCUGUAGACAUUCAAGACAAUAUCAAUAUACGUACAAUCGAAAGAAAUUCAUUCAUGGGCCUGAGCUCUGAAAGUGUGAUUCUAUGGCUGAAUAAAAACGGGAUUCGGGAAAUUGAGAAUCAUGCAUUUAAUGGAACCUACCUGGAUGAGCUAAAUCUAAGUGAUAAUCACAACCUAGAAAAAUUACCUAAUGAGGUCUUCCAAGGAGCCAAUGGGCCUGUUGUUUUGGAUAUUUCAAGGACAAGAAUCAGUUUCCUGCCCAGUCAUGGAUUAGAACACAUUAAGAAGCUAAGAGCAAGGUCUACGUAUAAUUUAAAAAAGCUUCCCGAUUUAAGCAAAUUUAGAUCUUUGAUAGAGGCAAACUUCACCUACCCUAGCCAUUGCUGUGCGUUUACAAACUGGAAAAGACAAAACACUGAAUUACAUCCAAUAUGUAGCAUAUCUCAGGCCAAGCAAGACCUUGAUGAGCAGCCUGGCGUUAAGAUACGUAGACGAUCUGCAGCUGAAGAUUAUAUUUCCAACUACGGCAUAGGAUUUGACCCAGCAGAGAAUGAAUUUGACUAUGGUUUAUGCAAUGAAGUAGUUAACGUAGCUUGCUCACCUAAACCGGAUGCUUUUAAUCCAUGUGAAGAUAUCAUGGGAUACACUAUCCUGAGAGUCCUGAUAUGGUUUAUCAACAUUUUAGCCAUCACUGGGAACAUUGUUGUCCUCAUUAUUUUAAUAAGCAGUCAAUACAAACUCACCGUACCUCGUUUUCUGAUGUGCAAUCUUGCGUUUGCAGACCUCUGCAUAGGUAUCUACCUGUUGUUUAUUGCUUCUGUAGACAUUCAGACCAAAAGCCAGUACUACAACUAUGCCAUCGACUGGCAAACUGGGGCAGGAUGCAAUGCUGCAGGGUUUUUUACAGUGUUUGCAAGUGAACUCUCAGUGUACACGCUGACUGUGAUAACUCUGGAAAGGUGGCACACCAUCACCUACGCCAUGCAACUGGACCGUAAGGUUCGAUUUCGUCACGCUGUGGUUAUAAUGAUUUUUGGGUGGAUAUUUGCUUUCACAGUGGCACUUCUUCCAAUAUUUGGUGUCAGCAGCUACAUGAAGGUGAGCAUCUGUUUGCCCAUGGAUAUAGAAACACCGUUUUCUCAGGCUUAUGUUAUGUUUCUUUUAGUGUUGAACGUACUCGCAUUUGUGAUCAUAUGUGCCUGCUACAUCUGCAUCUACUUUACUGUGAGAAACCCUAACGUCAUCUCUUCAAACAGCGACACCAAGAUUGCCAAGCGCAUGGCCAUACUGAUCUUCACAGACUUCCUCUGCAUGGCACCAAUAUCUUUUUUUGCCAUAUCAGCCUCACUCAAGGUUCCUCUCAUCACAGUGUCCAAAUCCAAGAUCCUUCUGGUUUUGUUUUACCCCAUCAAUUCCUGUGCUAACCCUUUCCUCUACGCCAUUUUCACCAAGACGUUCCGCAGGGAUUUCUUCAUUCUGUUGAGCAAGUUUGGUUGCUGUGAAAUGCAAGCCCAGAUUUACAGAACAGAGACCUCCUCAUCUGCUCAUAAUUUCCACACGAGAAAUGGCCAUUGCCCUCCUGCAUCAAAAAACAGUGAUGGGACUAUUUAUUCAUUGGUUCCUCUGAAUCACUUGAACUGA